UCCAGUGUCAGAGCUCCGACCUGAGCUCGCCUCAUACCGGAGGCGCCGACACUGCUGCCUGCGCCGCCGGCCGCCGAGCCGCCGUCGCCUCUGCCGAUGGAGAUGGCUCCCGCCCCCGUUUCGCCCACUCCUCGCACCGUAGAUGACAUCUACAAGGACUUCUCCAACCGCCGCACCGCCCUUGUCCGCGCCCUCACCGUCGAUGUGGACGACUUCUACGGGUUCUGCGACCCAGAGAAGGAGAAUUUGUGCCUGUACGGAUACCCCAACGGCAGCUGGGAGGUCGCGCUGCCGGCCGAGGAGGUGCCGCCGGAGAUGCCCGAGCCGGCGCUUGGGAUUAACUUCGCCAGGGACGGGAUGAACCGCCGCGACUGGCUCUCGCUCGUCGCCGUCCACGCCGACUCGUGGCUGCUGGCCGUCGCUUUCUUCUUCGGUGCGCGCCUCAAUGCCAACGACAGGAAGCGCUUAUUCAGCAUGAUAAAUGACCAGUCCACUGUGCUUGAGUCAUUGUCUGAACGGAAGCAUGGGAGGGAUAAUAAAUCUGGUGGCGAUAACAGUGGCAAAUCCCGACACUCAGCGAAGCGAGCAAAUAAUGAUGUCCAGACAAAGAACCCAAGGCCAGUGGCUGUUGAUGUCGCCUACGAAGAUGACGAUGAACACAGCGAAACCCUUUGCGGAACCUGCAGCGGUCGCUACAAUGCAAGCGAGUUCUGGAUCGGGUGCGACAUUUGUGAGCGGUGGUUCCAUGGCAAGUGUGUGAGGAUAACUCCGGCAAAAGCGGAGCAUAUAAAGCACUACAAGUGCCCUGAUUGCAGCUCCAAGAAAAGCAGGCAAUAAAAACCAUGGAAGGUGCUGCCUCCCUGUUGCUGACUCAGCUGAUCAAUGAAACAAUACUCUUCUCCUCUAGUCCCGGUUUCCAGCAGAUGUGAGUUGCUUGUAGACAUUAUGCGCUGUUGUGUUAGAUGUUGGAAAGACAUACAGAAAUAGUUGGUUUUAUAAACUGGUCAAUUGCUCUUGUGGUUGUUCCUUGAGAUACGAACGACUGUGCAUUGUAGUGUUAAUUUAGAAGAAAUUUGUCCAUGCCAUCUUGUUUUGGUAUGUAAAUUCGUUUUUUUCUUUUAUUUGGUAUAUCUGUAUUGACUGCGUUGUGUUAGUGCUUCGAGUCGAGGAGUUUCCAGCCGAA